CCCACCUCUCACCACAAUGCAUAGAAUUCUGAAAGAAAGAUCUGAGAAAAUUAAAACACAAGGUUUUCAACCUCAGAAAUGGGUCAAACGCUAUAUUUCAGACUUCUUUUCAUUGCUCUCUGUCCAGUAUCUGAAUGCGUUCAACGGCAGUAUUACUAUAAAAACAUGACGAAAACCUGGACUGAUGCCCAGACUUAUUGCAGAGAGAAGUACACAGACCUGGCCACAAUCAGCAACAUGAAGGACAUGCUGACAAUUGAAGUGAAAACAGUUCUCUUUUGGAUAGGGUUGAAGAAUACAGGUGUUUAUAAAUGGAAGUGGUCUCUUGGUGAUCCUGUGAACUAUCUGAACUGGGCAAAUGGACAAUCAAAUGGACAAAAUUAUUGUGCUUUUAUCAGAAAUGGAAAAUGGCAUAAUGAGUCUUGUGAACUCAAAUUAAGAUUCAUCUGCUACAAUGAUAAUCUGGUUUUGAUCAAAGAGAAUCUGACCUGGCUUGAAGCUUUGACAUAUUGCAAAAAAAAUUAUAGAGACCUGGUUUCAGUUAAUUCAGAGGAGAUUCAGCGCUGGGUGACAGAAGUGGUUAAACAGGCCUCCACUGCAGCCGUGUGGAUGGGUUUACACUAUUAUUGCCACAUGAACCUCUGGAUCUGGGUACGAGGUGAGGCCGUGUGCUAUCAGAAUUGGGCUUCGGAAAACGGGACAAUACUGACAUACUGCAACACUGAAAAUAGAGCUGGAGCAGUUCAGUCUAGAGAUGAUCAGCGCUGGAUCAGCCUUCAUCAAAGUGAGAAACUCAACUUCAUGUGCAGCAGAUAUGAUUAA